CACAUCAAUUUUUGUUUUUUUAAUGAUAUUUCCAAAACCCAAAUUCUCCUGAACACAAUCAAAUCAAAACAAAAUCUAGAUACGGGUGGUGACAUCCGUUAAAGAUUAAUCAAACAGUAAAAAGCAAGACACAAACCUUUGAGACAGGAUGGUCUUUCGGAGCUCCACCUCCGCGGUAGCACUCCUUGGCCUCCUGUCCCUCUUCCUCCUUCCCCUCCCACAUUAUUCCUCCGCCAUCCGUGUGCGCCUCCCCUCCCCGGACCUCCCUCUAUUUCGCGAGGCACCUGCAUUCCGCAAUGGCAGGCGAUGCGGGACCACGGCCGCCGACCGGAUCAAUGUGGCCAUGACGCUCGACGUCAACUACCUCCGCGGCACAAUGGCCGCGGUGCUGUCCAUGCUGCAGCACUCCACGUGCCCGGAGAAUCUCGCCUUCCACUUCCUCUCCGCGCACGACUCGCCGGAGCUUUUCUCCAGCAUCAAAUCCACCUUCCCUUACCUCAACAUGAAGAUCUACCGCUUCGAUUCAAGCCGUGUUCGCGGCAAGAUUUCAAAAUCAAUUCGUCAGGCAUUAGACCAGCCUCUGAAUUACGCCAGAAUCUACCUCGCAGACACGUUGCCGGAGGACGUUCAGCGCGUGCUUUACCUCGAUUCCGACCUCGUCGUCGUUGACGACGUGGCGAAGCUUUGGGGGGUGGACAUGGAGGGGAAAGUGGUGGCGGCGCCGGAGUAUUGCCACGCAAAUUUCACUCUGUAUUUCACGAAGAAUUUCUGGUCGGAUUCUGCUCUGUCGAAAACUUUUGAGGGGAGAAAACCGUGUUAUUUCAACACAGGGGUGAUGGUGAUGGAUGUUGAGAAAUGGAGGAAGGAGAAGUACACGGAGAAGGUGGAGGAGUGGAUGACGGUGCAGAAGCAACAGAAGAGGAUUUACCAUUUGGGGUCUCUGCCGCCGUUUUUGUUGGUUCUGGCGGGGAAUAUUAAGGCGGUGGAUCACCGGUGGAACCAGCAUGGUUUGGGAGGAGAUAACUUUGAAGGGAAAUGUAGAAGCUUGCACCCUGGACCUAUUAGUCUUUUGCAUUGGAGUGGGAAGGGUAAGCCUUGGUUGAGGUUAGAUUCUAGGAGACCUUGCAUUGUGGAUCAUCUUUGGGCUCCUUAUGAUCUCUAUCGAUCGUCGAGACAUUUUUUCGAAGAAUGAGAGCCAGCUGAGUCUUAAAUUGCGGUCGCGACAAUGGUUGCAUUUGAAAUUAUAGAUAAAUAUCAAUAGAUGCAGCCAUAAUUGCGACCGUGGUAGCACUAAUGUGGAGAUUCCAAAACUCAUUAUGUUGAGCGUCAAUUGCAAUUGCGGAUCGCAAUUUAAAAUCUUGAGAAGGAGAUUGAUUUGACAAAUUAGGCGAAAUUAAAGCAAAAUGGAGCGAAGAGAGGACACUUACAUUCAGUUUUUCUAACUCAAUUUUGGGUUGAGGGGAAGAGGAACUAACACCUCCAAACAGCAUGCAGAUUGAGGGGGCAGGGGUAGAGUUGCAAAUUCUUUUAUUCUUUUAUUUAUUUUCUUUGUUGUAGUGAUUUUUUUUGGGAUUUCUAGUGAUUGUACAUAUAUACAAAUUAUGCUGAUUAGUCUAACACUCAGAAGAUUGUAUUUUAGAUGGGUUAGUGCUAACAGCUUCAGAUUUUUGACAAAAUUGUACCCAUAUUGAUGUAUUCAUAUCAUGAAGUUAAUGGACUACAAUUUACUGAUUAAGUUGUGGAUGGGAAGU